AUGAACAACCAAAAUUCAUCAACCAGUAACAACAACAACAACAACAGGCCCGCAGCCAGAAGAACGGCAAACGCGGCCGAAACCGGCGGUCCCCGGCCGACGAUCAUCGAUGCCCGCCCCGGCCCCGGAAGGGGAGGCAGCACAACCGGUGGUGGUGAUCCCGAUUCUACGCGGGUCCUCGUCAACGCCACCAGGGACCUAACAAUAAAUGGCGGUGGUCCCUCUGGCACCCCGGCUCCCACCCGCCUGGUAGUGCGGAAACCCGGCAUCGGCAAUGCCCUAGUGCAUACCAUCAGCUGGGACAUCGCCAAGGCCCUCGGCGACAGGCCCUACGCCAUCAUAGGCUCCGCCGCGCUGGUGCUCCACGGCGUGCCGAAUCUGACCGUGGGCGGGGUCAGCGUGCUCGUGCCCGAGGGUGCCCGACCGCGGCGCUCCGAGAAGCUGGCUCGGGCCAGCCAUUUCAGGCUGUCAAAGAGCGGGCGGGUUUAUUACAAGAAGGAGGGGAUGAAGGAAUCGGUCGAGAUCGAGCUGUGGGAGCCGGAUGAGGUGCGGCAGUCGUUGUCGGAACGGGGGGUUGUGGUGCAGGAUGGGAUCGCGGUGUUGAGGCCGACGAGGCUGCUGAAUAUUCAGUGUGCUACUUGGCUGUCGAUACAAAAUAAGGCAGGCCGUAAAACGGAGGCGAAUCAAAUUAUUGAGCUGCUGGCGGUGGAGUAUAUGCACCUGCUACUGACGCUCAUCGGAGACAGCAAGCCGGUGCCGAUACAGAAUAUUACCGACGAAUUUCUAGCCAAGCUGGCUGUCAAGGAGCCUGAACUGCACGCAGCAUUUCAGAAGAGUAGGGCUUGGGCGAAAGUAGUCCCAGGUCCGACUGUCACCAAGGGUACUAAUGGUCGGUAA